GGAGCAACCGUAUUCUAUUCUGUGACGUCACUUGGAUCCCUACGUCCUUGUGCGUCCUGGCGUCACUACUGACCCGAAAUCGUUACACCCCUUGCUAUAAAGCUGUUGCUUUAGAGACGAGAUGUAAACGCUGCAGCACGAGAGACCCAUGUCGAGUUAGAUAAGUUGGUAGAAGAGAGGUAAAGCAGAUACAGGUGGAGAGAGACAGUGGUGCUCAAACACAGCACAUUAAGAGGGGAGAGGUGAGGCAAGUAUGCCAAAGGGAGCCAAGAAAGCAGCAGGAGGGAAGCAUGCGGGAAUGACGGAGGAGGAGAGACUGCUUGUCCUACAGCAGAGAACCCUGGCAGAGCAGCAGAUGGCAAAAAGAAAAGAGGACAUGCUCACUCAGUUCCUCAAGGACAAGCUGCAAAAGGAGGAGCGGAACAGCCAUGUGAACCGGCUCAAACUGACGGACAAGUGGCGGACGCUGUUCCGGCAGGCGCGGGCGGAGGAGCUACGCCACGAUAUCGCUGUGCUCAGUCAGACCUUUGAGAGGGUGGUGGAUCGCAAGGACAACGUCAUCAAGAGUCUGGUGUGUGACCUGAAGGAGGCAAAGCAGCAGUCAGAACACGCAAUGCACUCUCAUUUGGAGAACGUGGACAGGCUUGAGGUGCUCCAUAGGGACAGGCUGUCCUUGCUGGAGCAGGAAUGGAGGUUGCAGGCGGAGAAUCUCCAAGCUGAGUUUGACACUGAGAGGGAGAGGAUCAUGUGUCAACACCAGCAGGAGUGUGCUUAUCUGGAGGAUGUGGGCUUUGCUGUAGAGCAGCAUUACCACGAUUUAGAGAGUGAGGCUCGGCUGGACUACCAGAGCACCUGCGACGAUAUCAAAAACAAGACCAUUGAGGAGAAGAAUGCACUGCGCCUCCGGCUGGAAGGGGAAGUGGAGGAGCUGUGGCGGCAGCUCCAGCAGGCCAAGCAGAGCUAUGGCGAGGCCACGGAUGACCGGCGCAUGGUCUGCGAGGCACUGCGGGCACGCGACCAGAGCAGCUCCAGGGAGAUCGACAACCAGAUGAAGAAGCUCCAGAGGAUGCAGGACUCAAUCACGCUGCUGCGGUCCAGGCUGAGCUCCAGCCAGAGGGAAAGCGAGAUGACCAUACGCGAGCUGCGGGUGGUCAAGGAGAAGGUGGCUCUGCAGGGCCAGCAGCUCAAAGCCCACCUGAAUUACAUCCGUGCUAAGCAGAGGAGCCAGCUCUCUCAGCUCACCAUCCAGAGCAGUGCCGCCACCAAGAAGCUGCAGGCCAUCAUUGAUAAGGGGGAGAAGCUCAUAUGGCUAGCAGCCAGGUGCCGUAAGCUAGAGACGGAGAGGGAGAAGGUCCUGCCCUUCUACGGCACCUCCCUGAGCACUGAGGAGCAAAGCCAGGACAGAGCGCAGUGCAUGGAGCCCCCAACCAAUGAGCUGGCCCAGGCCAUGCACGACUACUGGAACCUGGAGGGGGUGUGGCAGCGCUACAACCAGGUGGAGCUGGAUCGGCUGUGCCUGCAGCGGGAGCAGGAGGCCCUGAGCGAGGAGAACGCACAGCUGCGGGCCCUGCUGCGCCAGUAUAUGGACGGCCUCUCUGUCAGCGACGAGGUCUUGCGCCGCCGCAACCCCCUGCUCAUAGUGUCCCGCCCCGCCCGCCAAGAGCGUGCGUCGCCACAGCGCGCCCGCACACACGUGGUGCAGCAUACACGUUAGGGGUAUGCUCAGAGGGUACGCUCAGCUCAUCCCUGUCCCCCCACCCACAUUCUUCUUUCACCUUUUGGAUUUUUCAUUCAGGGUCACAUCACACUAAAGCAAAGCAGCAAAACUCAUUCAACUCAGUCAUUACCUGCAGAAGCGCAGGGUCCCCAGGUGGGGCUGGUACACAGAGGUCCAAAUUUCUUUUUUUGCUUUUACCACCCCUGCUCCAGCAUCCAUCCUGUACAGGAAGGGAUGUAUCCUUCAUCUGCUAUCACAGCAGGGAUUUCAACUUUUUUCAAGUGCUUCACACAGACGCAAGAGUACAAGCAUCAGGGGAUCUACACAUCCUGUUUUUUUUUUUUUUAAACCCUCCUAUCUCUGAAGUGAUUUCCCUCUGCAGCACUGGAGUGUACCAAGCAGAGACUGGCUGAAGGAGAGGGAGCACCUGUCUCUCAGACAUACCAGGUGGCAUCCUGGGAGAGUUUUGUGAAAGGUGGUGUGUGGCUAUCACAUCCGUUCGCUGACAUCACUUUGUCUGUCCAGUGCACUUCUUUAACUGGGGUGUUCAGCCCCUCCUGUGGUUCGUUCAACAGCUAGACACACUGUACCAUUCUCCUUGUUGUGUAGCAUUCUCUCUUGUUCUGUUGAACAGAAGAGAAUGCAUCCAUUCUUUGAAUCAGGACCUAUAACUAGUGAAACAUGACUGUAUAACGUGGCAUAAGGGACUUUUUUUCUAAACUGCUCUGCACAGAUUCAGUCAUCUUCAAAAUGUGGAAUGCUAUUUCAGACACCAACCUGAAGAUCCUUUUUGAAGACCCUUUCUUCACAAAUAGAAUACACAACCCUCAUGCAUAGAAUACACAACCUCACAAGGGGUGAAAAUGGAUGCAUUAACUCUCCUUGUGUUGAAGGGGAGUGUCCAUCAAGAGUCACACUAACCCCUGCAGAUGAGCUGUCUGGGUUUUUCUCUUUUCUUAACUGGUUCUGUUGUUGAUGGCUCAUUGGCGCAUUCAUUUGCUGACAUCACCUUGUGCACUUCCUCAACCAGGUUUUCAUUCAAUGGCUGGACACUCUCUAGCGUUUCCUUCCCCAAUUUUGUCAUUCUAUUGGACAAAAACAAACAGAUCCAUUCUCCUUUACAUUUACAAGACAUUUUAUCAUGCUUAUCCAGAGCAAUUUACUAAAUUAGGGUACAGACAUCUUUGACGCAGGAUUACCGUCGUCCACUAAAAAAAUGACUAUUCAACAUCAUGGUCUUUUUGUGGAGUAACAACUGGGGUUUUUAUAUCAAGUACAAUCAUGUCAUGAUUCAAAUUUCCAAAGCAGAGAUUUCUCCAUCUGCAGAUGUAAUCUGUUGCGGAGUACAACAUUUUUUGGCAUGUCAUAGGAUCUACAGUACCAUCCUCUGCAAUGAGAUGAUGUGAACAGUAAUGCACAGAAACAGUCACGCUCUGCAGACUGAAAGCAGCACUGAGCUUUCAGCAGCCCUCAUACUGAUUCCAGCAGCUUUCCCAGUGUCAUCAAAAGGACACAGAGUAACAAAGCUCCAUGAAGGCUUGCUCAUGUGUUAUCACUCACAUGAAGAAGACAAAACAGUAACAGAACUGAGAAUAGUCUCAUAAAUUAUGCAUAUUAAACUUGUAUU